UUAACACCAAUAGGUCUGGACACACAAAAAAUUUAAGACAAUAGUGAUAGAGAAUAGAAUUCUCUUCAAGACUCAAGAGGACAAUUUCCAGAUUUAUACUCGAGAACACAAGCAACAAACCACUGAAGAAAGACUUGAAAAUGGAAAACAAAGGAAAUCCCAACAAAGAAGAUGAAGAAAUUGAAAACAAAAAAAGUUCAUCAGAAGAAGAAAAUUUGAAGUUGCAGAUUAAAUUUGGAGGUCAAACAAUUCGUCUUAAUACAUCGAAUCAUAACACAGUUGCUGACCUCAAAUUCUUACUUCUUUCCCACACUAAUGUUCUCCCUCGUGGUCAAAAGCUUAUUUUCAAAGGAAAAGUUUUGAAUGAUUCUGAUACAUUAGGUGCUUGUGAUCUUCAUAAUGGGUCAAAAAUCAUGUUAAUUGCAUCUCAGGGUCUUCAUCAAGGGGAGGGUCCAUUGCAAAAGAAUUCUCCUGCAAUAUAUCAAAAAACUCAGGUGGAAGAGCACAUACAAAUAUAUAGUUAUCGAAGAAGUCUUGUGACUAAAACGAGAGGUGAAAGAUGGAAGGCCACUGGUGUUAUCGGCCUAUCCGAGUCGCGGUUGAAGGCUAUACCUGAUGCAGUAUGGGAAUGGGGAUCUUUUGCUAGAGUGCUUGAUCUCAGCAACAACUGCAUACAUGACAUACCCGCCAAAAUUGGCUGCUUGAAAUAUAUCCAGAAAUUGGUCUUGAAUUCGAAUGGACUCCUGGAUGAUUCAAUAAGCUGGCAAGGCCUAACUGAGAUGAAGGGUUUAACAUAUCUUUCUUUGGAUCAAAAUCAGUUGACUACUUUGCCUUCUUCCUUGGGUGCACUUACUUACCUCGAGCAACUGCAUGUUGCAAGCAACAAAUUAGCAAAUCUCCCGUCAGAAAUUGGUCUUUUGACUCGGCUGGAGAUCUUGAAAGUCAAUAACAACCGUAUAACUGUCAUACCUCCUUCUCUCGGUGACUGCAGCUCUCUGAUUGAGGUUGAUAUGUCCUCAAAUCUUCUCGCAGAGUUACCAGAAACAUUCGGCAAUUUAAAAAUCUUAAAGGCGUUGCAUCUUAAUAACAAUGGACUCAAAUCACUGCCAUCUAAUCUAUUCAAAAAGUGUGUUCAGCUUUCAACUCUUGAUCUCCACGGGACAAUAAUAACAAUUGAUAUUCUUCGUCAGGUUGAGGGAUGGGAAGAUUUUGAUAGACGGAGAUGCUCAAAACUAAAGAAACAACUGGAAUUUCAUGCUGGUGGCUCUGCCGAAUUUGAUGAAGGUGCUGAUAAAAAUUGAUCGUCAACACAAAUACACUACAUACAGAGGGUUUCAGCCUGCAAUACCUUGAUGGAGAUAAUCUUCAGAAGAAAAGCUCCUUUUUUAUAGUCCUCUUCAGGUAUAGCCUAACAAUCAAAAUCUAGAUGAUGCUCUAUUAUGGAGUUGUGGAUCAUGUGCCGCAGUAACACUGAGUUUGAUUGGUAUCACCCAAGAAAUUUUGUGAUUGACUCGGUUUCUCUAUAAGCUCUUUCCUUGUUGGUCAAAUAUUGUUACUGUGAUGCUACCACCUCCAGUAUAGAUUUUUUGUUCAAUGAUGGUUAUGUAUGAUUACAGAAUUAAUCAAUGGUAGUCAUCUUCGACUUCAGUCA